CACUAAAAUGCCCCGUUAAAGGGGAGGUAAAGGCGCCAGUCAGCACGUAAAGGACCUUUGCCAACCCCGUUAUUUAUCUUUGUUAUGCUUGAUUUUCACAGUAAAUAGUCACUAAAAGCGGUUUAUAUAAAAGCAACAGUGUAUAUACUUGUUUAUACGUUUUAUCCAGGGUCCAUUUUUAAUUGUUUAUUAAAUAAAACGUAUGUUUAGUUUGUGCGCUUUCUCUUCAGGCGGUGUUUAAGGGCGACCCUGUGGUCCCAGUGCAUUCUGGGACAGUCCUCCCUCUUGUAUCGGGAGGCGCCGCUAAACCGAAACCGUGAAAAAAUAAACGCAGUCUCCAUUGGCCAGAAGUACUGCAGUUUUCCAACCAUGUCUGUUCGGGAGUCAUUUAACCCCGAGAGCUAUGAACUUGAUAAGAGCUUCAGACUGACCCGCUUCACAGAACUGAAGGGGACCGGAUGUAAAGUACCGCAGGAUGUCCUUCAGAAACUCUUGGAAUCUCUGCAGGAAAACCAUUUCCAGGAGGAUGAGCAGUUUCUUGGCGCAGUCAUGCCCAGACUUGGUAUCGGGAUGGAUACGUGUGUCAUUCCCUUAAGACACGGUGGCCUUUCUCUCGUUCAAACAACAGACUACAUUUAUCCUAUUGUUGAUGAUCCCUACAUGAUGGGUCGUAUUGCCUGUGCCAAUGUACUAAGUGACCUUUAUGCCAUGGGGGUCACGGAAUGUGACAAUAUGUUGAUGCUUCUUGGAAUUAGUAAUAAACUGACAGAUAAGGAAAGAGACAAGGUGAUGCCUCUGAUAAUCCAGGGUUUUAAAGAUGCUGCAGAGGAGGCAGGAACAUCAGUAACUGGUGGACAGACAGUUCUGAACCCCUGGAUUGUACUCGGGGGAGUUGCAACGACUGUCUGCCAGCCCAAUGAGUUCAUCAUGCCAGACAAUGCUGUACCUGGUGACGUGCUUGUACUGACAAAACCUUUAGGAACACAAGUAGCUGUUGCAGUGCACCAAUGGCUUGAUAUUCCUGAAAAGUGGAAUAAAAUAAAGUUGGUCGUAACACAAGAGGAUGUUGAAUUGGCGUACCAAGAGGCCAUGAUGAACAUGGCAAGACUAAAUAGAACAGCUGCUGGGCUUAUGCACACCUUUAAUGCACAUGCAGCCACAGACAUUACAGGAUUUGGAAUUUUAGGGCAUGCUCAAAACUUGGCCAGACAGCAGAGGAAUGAAGUGUCAUUUGUCAUCCACAACCUUCCUGUAUUGGCGAAGAUGGCUGCCGUGAGCAAAGCUUGUGGAAAUAUGUUUGGUCUUAUGCAUGGCACCUGCCCUGAGACAUCAGGAGGCCUUCUGAUCUGUUUGCCCCGUGAGCAGGCAGCACGUUUCUGUGCUGAGAUAAAGUCUCCUAAAUAUGGUGAAGGCCACCAAGCAUGGAUAAUUGGAAUAGUAGAAAAAGGCAACCGCACAGCCAGAAUAAUUGACAAACCACGGAUCAUAGAAGUAGCUCCACAAGUCGCCACUCAAAACGUGAACCCAACUCCUGGUGCCACCUCCUAAUUCAGGAAUAAACAGUGAAGCUAUAGAUAGGUAUAUUCUAGUAGCAUCCUAGAGUAUAAAAACUACUAUGUUAAUUUGUAUCAUGCCUGCCCAGUUGGCCUUGGGGCAGUUCAUGUGUGGAUACAAUUUAAAACAGAAUAAAUCCAUUGCCUUUUUGUGUUUUUUAUUUUUUUAUUUUUUCUGUUACAUUAACUGAAGAUGCACCUAAAUCUUAAGGCAGCUUCUAAGUUGAGAAUAUUAUUAUCCAAUACUGUUGAUUCAUUUUUGAAUCUUUAUUACCACGUAUCGUCUAUUGCCGCACAGGCUCUUUUUAAGGUGCUUUCACUUAGCACACAUUAACAACAAAUAGCGUGAUAGCGUUUUUGUUUGUCCGUUCACUAUGUGUACAAUGAAAACCUAGGACUAGGUGUACAACAAGUUUCAGAUGCCUUGAAAAAAAUAGGAUUGUGUAUCGUCAGAUAACACAAGGAAAUGUAAAAUCAUUGAAAAGGUUGCAUGUUUGAAAGCCUUUGGUUUGUAUUGUUUUUUCCCAAAAGUUUAAAAACAUUGCAACCUCUAUUAUUUUGUAAAAUAGCACAUUCUGUAAAGCAAUGUAUGUCCUAAAGUGUUAACAUUGCAUGGUAAGCACCUUGGUUGAAGGAUAAAUAAUUUCACUAUUCCUAGAUUAUUUCAACACUUACUGUAUUUGUGUCUUCCAUGUUUUUUGUUUUUUUUUCAGCAAGGAACACUGCUUGUUUUAUCUGCUGUAUAAUGCAGAAAACAUUACAGACUAAGACUAAUAAGUGGUUACUGUAUAUUACCCAUUUACCAUUUAUUAAGUACAGUUUCAAAUAUCAGUAACAAUUAAAUGUUCUGUGGUCGGUAGUGUUUAUUAUAUUUUAUAUAGUGCUAUGUAGGCUUCUUUUUUUGUUCUAUUUUCAUAAAUGCCACAACUAAUGUUUAGUUUGAUUCUUCGCUGUCUUCCCAUUUUUCUGCACUCGCUUGUGUUCUGUGUACAUCCUGCCAACAUUGUAGCUAGAGGUAAAGCUCAAUAAAUAUAUAUAUAUAUCUUUUUUUUAUUGCUCUUGUAUAAGAGAUGUAGUUGUCAUUUUACUGUAUAUCCCUGAUAAAUCCUUUGACGGUCACAUUUUAGAUUUUUUUUUUUUUUUUUUUUAAUUUAGUUGUUGCCAAUUAGUUUUUAUUAUUUUCUCCCCAAUUUGAAAUGCCCAAUUAUUUUAUUAUGCUCAGCUCACCGCUACCACCCCUGCGCUGACUCGGGAGGGGCGAAGAUGAACACACGCUGUCCUCCGAAGCGUGUGCCGUCAGCCGCCCGCUUCUUUACACACUGCGAACUCACCGUGCAGCUGCCUCAGAGCUACAGCGUCGGAGGACAACGCAGCUCUGGGCAGCUUACAGGCAAGCCCGCAGGUGCCCGGCCAGACUACAGGGGUCGCUGGUGCGCGGUGAGCCGAGGACACCCUGGCCGACCUAACCCUCCCUCCCCCCGGGCGACGCUCGUCCAAUUGAGCGCCGCCCCCUGGAAGCUCCCGUCCACGGUCGGCUGUGGAAUAGCCUGGACUCGAACUCGCGACGUACAGGCUAUAGAGCGCAUCCUGCACUCUAGCGAGUGCUUUUACUGGAUGCGCCACUCGGGAGCCCCCACAUUUUAGAUUAUUUUGAGGCUGAUAUGUUCUAUCGCAAGAUUACGUUCAGCUGUUAAAUUGAUAACAAUAUUGUAUUGGUCAAUCAUCCUUUACAUUGGAAAACAUUGAUCUGUCACAAUAAUUUAAGUCAUUUAGACUUUCUUUGCAGAACAACACAUACCAACUUGGUAUGAGAGCACUACUGUUAACAUUCUACAGCAAAAACAACUUCUUUGGGUGUUAACCUCGCUCUCUUAUGCCUCUUCAAUAAAGGCAGCUUGUUGUUAACCUAUUUACUGCUGUUUCGUUUUCUUUAAUGUUCUAUUACUGUGCAGUAGUGUUGCAUGCAGAGUUUCUGUUGCCUUUUAUUACAUGUGGUGUGUGCCUUAGCAGAAACAGAUAGACAGCUACCAAUGACUAUUUUGAUGCAUUAUCAAUUGAUAAAACGGUUGUACAUAGGUGAUUAACUAUGGAAGAAGGUUGGCUGAACUAAGUGCUAAUAACAUUUUAAGAUAUUUUAAGUUGGUAUUGGGCAGAGAUAGUGUUCUAUGUUCUGCACAUUCAUAAAUCUGGAAUACUGGCUAAUUACAGGUGUAAGCAAGUUGGUUAAAAUGAACAUAUUCCAUUUUAACUCAUUUUUGAUAGAAGUGAGGGUUUGCAAAGUCACUUGCAAGGAAAUGGUGUGCUGCCCAUGUGCACAUGCAUGUAUGAAUAAUGGGUAGUCCGCAUCAAGAAUACAGAUUAGUAAUACAUUUUGGGUAUAACCUUUAACCAGAGGGACAUCAUAUAAUUUAAUUAAAAACUGUUGUCAUUGCUGUUGAUAUGAAAUCUAAAUGAUUGCUGUAUAUUUUGCUUAUUUUUUUAAAUGAUAUACUGUUGUAAUCUCA